CCAUUCUAUUAUAUAGACUUUUGACACUCAACUCUCGCUCGCAGUGUGCUCGAUCUCGGCUGGGCCGACAUGGUUCCGCUGCAAUUCGCAGCCGAGUAUCCUCGCUUUCUCACGCAUGAACCAGUUCAGAUUUGCCCCGGAUUCACGGCGUUCGAUUGGGAGAGAAGGGAUACAGAUGUCAUGAAACGAGACAGAUUUUACUAUCUUGAUUGUGUCAGGGAGAUAGCGUGUUUGGAAGGUGGUAUUGCACGGGAUUAUUAUGAGCUGCUGGCUCGGCCGGAUGAAUGUAGGAGGUAUUGGUGGUUUAGGGCUGUUUGCCAGGCCGAUAUCCAUAGGGCGAUGUGUGCUUGUGAUUGGAAUCCGGUCGAAGAGGAUAUCUCAUAAUAUUAAUUGUCACGGAUCAGAUGUUUUCUUUAACAAUCAUCACUGGUCUCCAAAUGCUGAUACAACCC